GGCGCUGUGUAAUGUGUCUCAUUUAUAACGUGAGUGUUGUUGCGCUGACCCGUCUCUCACUCUGUUGUUUCUCAUCAGCUGCUGGCAUCUCUCCUGCCCAGGAAAUUUGCAAUAAUGGCAUCUAAGGCGGUACAACCUUGUGUGGUGAGGAGUGUGAUGAAACGCAGUUAUGCAGCUCAGGCAGCAGUUAAGCAGUCUUCAUAUUCUUUGCCCAAACAUGAUCCCAAGGUGACCUCGCUUCCAUCAGGCAUAGUUGUAGCAUCAUUAGAGAAUAACGCCCCAGUUUCUAAUGUUGCUCUUCUCUUCAGGGCUGGAUCUCGUUACGAGUCUGCAAGUAACAGAGGGGCUUCCCAUGUGUUGCGUGGAAGUGCUGGUCUUGCAACAAGCAACAUGACAUCCUUUGGCAUUACUCGUUCCAUUCAGCAAGUUGGCGGAUCGCUGUCUGCAGAGUCUGGACGAGAGCAUGUACUUUAUGGGGUGAAUGUAAUCCGUGACAGCUUGGAUACUGCACUCCAAAUCCUUGGUGAGGUGGGUACACAGCCGGUCUUCAAACCAUGGGAAUUGAAGGACAAUAUUCAGCGAAUCAAGGCAGAACUUGCCGUUAGAGACCCAUCUACCAUUGCCAUUGACUUACUUCAUGCUGCUGCAUUUCGCAAUACUGGUUUGGGCAACUCUCUCUUUUUGCCUUCCUAUCAUAUUGGCAAGCUUGGCCCAGAUGUGGUCUUGCAGCAUAUGGUGGUGGAGAAAUUCGUCAAGAAACCGGAGCCUCUGUUACCAUUGUUGUUGUAGCUGGUGAAGGAGCCAGUAUUGGCACUGGUGAUGCAGCAUCCCUGGCUGUAGCUCAGCAGAUUCUUGGGGUUGGCCCAAACACCAAAUAUGGAAGCAAUGCUAGCAGUGUACUUAAUACUGCUGUCACUGCUUCAGGUGGUAUUGGAAUGGCUUCAGCAAUCAACAUAAAUUACAGUGAUACAGGCCUCUUUGGCUACUUCAUCAUUGCUGAUCCUGCGUCUGUUGACAUGGUUGUUAAGUCAGUACAUAAUGCAUUGAAGAAUGUGAAGGUGUCCGAAGCAGAGGUUGCUCGUGGUAAGAACCAAGCCAAGGCUGCUGUCUUUAUGGCUUCAGAAUCAGUGGGUGUGUGCUUAGAAGACAUGGGUCUACAAGCUCUGUUAACAGACCAGUUCAUUAGCCCUGUUGAAGCAGCUGCAGCCAUUGAUGCUGUUACACCUACUGCUGUGCAAGCUGCACUUCGAAAAGUAUUAGCAAGCAGGCUGAGCAUGAGUGCAGUGGGAAGCAUCAGUAAAGUGCCAUAUGUGGACCAGUUGUAAAGAAGUGACAAGUUUUUGUAGAUCCAUGCUGUAAACUUCCUUAAAAUACAUGUCAAAUCUGCUCCAGCAAAAUAAAAAAUCCACUGCUUACAGUGGCCCAGAUUAAAUAUUCUUAGUACUGUAAAUGUAGUUAAAUUAUUUAUAUUUCUUCAUAGAAAUGUGAUCACAAGUUGUUCUAAGUCACUUAAUUUCUUCUACAUUAAUCUGUAGGUAGAGGUUUGAUUUUGUGAGAGUAGAAGCUGUCAAGUAGAAGCCUUCACAGCAAUGAGGAACAGCACAUUGACAAUGUGAAGGACUUUUGUUCAUGGUUGAAAUGACACUGGAUGCAAUUCAAUGUACAUAGUGAAAAAAUAUUAAGAGCUUGAAAAAUGUAGAUAAUUGCUGUGAAGGUACAAUUUUCCCCAUGAAAUAAACUAUAUCACUA